AAGAGCGUACCGGUUGAUACCUCUUUGAACACCUUCAUCCGGAACCAUGCCCAUCUGAGUGGUACCAAGUUUAUGUGUCUCGAGGGAGGCUGUGGUGCUUGCGUGGUUAACCUCAGCGGCGUUCAUCCGGUCUCUGGAGAGAUCUUCUCGUAUGCUGUUAACUCAUGCCUAUUUCCUGUGCUCGCAUGUCAUGGCAUGGACAUUACUACGGUCGAGGGAAUCGGUGACAAGCAGCGCGGCUAUCACGCUACCCAAAAGUUGCUGGCUCACUUCAACGGUACCCAGUGUGGAUACUGCUCUCCCGGCAUGGUCAUGAACAUGUACAGCUUGCUGGAGACUAAGAAAGGGAAGGUCACCAUGGAGGAGAUCGAAAACUCGUUCGGAGGCAACAUUUGCCGCUGUACUGGUUAUCGACCCAUCCUGGACGCUUUCAAAGCCCUGGCCGUCGAUGCCGACCCAAAAAUCAAGGAGAAGUGCCAGGACAUUGAGGAUCUUACCAAGAUUUGUCCCAAGACCGGAUCGGCCUGUGCUGGCAAGUGUGCCGCGGCUGGAAAAAUCAACCCCAACAAGGGACUACAUCUGAACUUCGAUGAGCAGAGGGAGUGGCAUAAGGUUUACAAUGUAAGUGAUAUCUUUGCCAUCUUCGAGAGCAUUGGAGAAAAGCCCUACACGCUCAUUGGUGGCAAUACUGCCCAUGGUGUGUACCGUCGUAGUGAUGCGAUCCAAGUCUUUAUCGACACCAAUGCGGUACAAGAGCUGCGAGCUAGCUCAGUAGGAAGCACCAUAACCGUGGGAGCUGGAACCUCCCUGACCGAGCUGAUGAACCUGUUGUCUUUUGCUGCGAAGCAAAACAACAACUUCUCCUACCUCGAACACUUGGUCCAACAUAUCGAUUUGAUUGCCAACGUGCCUGUUCGCAACACUGGAACAAUCGCUGGUAAUCUUAGCAUCAAAAACCAACAUCACGAGUUCCCCUCCGAUCUGUAUCUUAUCUUGGAGGCUGCUGACGCAACGUUGACCAUUCUGGAGUCCCAGGGCAAAACAAAGACUGUGCGACCUUCCGAGUUCGUUACGCUGAAUAUGAAGAAAAAGCUGCUCCUUAACGUUAUUCUUCCUCCGCUGGACCCAUCCAUCUACGUCUACCGUUCGUUCAAGAUCAUGCCCCGUGCCCAGAAUGCACACGCCUACGUUAACGGUGCUUUCCUGAUCAAGUUGGACGGAUCGAAUAUCGUAUCGAGCAACAUUUGCUUCGGUGGAAUCGAUCCCCAAUUUACGCAUGCUUUGAAAACGGAAGAGUUCCUCAAGGGAAAGAACCUCCUAACCAAUGAAGCUAUUCAAGGAGCCCUGAAGAUCUUGGCAAGUGAACUGAAUCCCGACCAUGUGCUGCCUGACGCUGUUCCAGAGUAUCGAAAAAAUUUGGCCCUUUCGUUGUUCUACAAGUUUGCGCUUAACAUUGCACCGGAACUAAAGGUAUCCGUUAAAAAUGAAUAUAAAUCUGGUGGAUUAGUUCUCGACCGUCCCCUGUCGUCUGGCACACAAUCGUUCGACACAAUCAAGGAGAAUUGGCCGCUUACGAAGAACAUUCCUAAAAUUGAAGGCUUGCUGCAAACUUCGGGAGAGGCUAAGUAUUCAAACGAUUUGCCAGCGUUCCCGAACGAACUGUACGCGGCAUUCGUGCUGGGAACGGAGUCACAGACGAAGAUUAUCAACAUUGAUGCGUCGGAAGCGUUGAAACUGCCAGGAGUUGUUGCGUUCUACUCGGCGAAGGAUAUCCCGGGAGCAAAUAAUUUUAUGUACUUCAAAGGAUUCAUGGGCCCACACGAUGAGGAAAUCUUCUGCAGUGAGAAGCUUAUCUAUCAUGGGCAGCCGGUUGGGCUUGUGGUCGCUGAAACCUUCAAUCUGGCCAAUCGCGCUAGCAAGCUCGUAAAGGUGCAGUACGAAAAGACGGGCUCGGCACGCUAUCCUACCGUGAAAGAUGUGCUCCGUGCUAAGGCUACCGAUCGGGUGAACGACAUGCCGUACAGCACGUUGGGCGAAGAGUUUGAGGCUGCGCCCAAGGGUGCGAUCAAGGUGAAGGGAUGCUUUGAAAUCGGUGGUCAGUAUCAUUACACCAUGGAGACCCAAACUGCUGUUUGCAUUCCGAUCGAGGACGGUAUGGACGUUUACUCGGCCACGCAGUGGAUCGAUUUCACGCAAAUCGCCAUCUCCAAGCUGCUGAACGUGCCCGAGAACAGUCUCAAUUUAUACGUGCGUCGCCUGGGAGGAGGUUAUGGAUGUAAAGGCACCAGGGCCACUCUGAUUGCUUGUGCGGCAGCUCUAGCAGCCCACAAGACGCAACGUCCCGUGCGGCUUGUAAUGACGCUCGAGGCUAACAUGGAAGCCAUUGGCAAGCGUUACGGUGUCGUCUCCAACUAUGAGGUGGAUGUGGAAAAGGAUGGAAAAAUUACGAAGCUGUUCAACGAAUACGUGCACGACUUUGGAUCAUCGCUGAACGAGUCUAUGGGUCACUGUGCGGAGUUCUUCAAUAACUGCUACGACAACAAGGCUUGGAAAACGGUCGCCAAGGGUGCGAUUACGGACUCUGCUAGUAACACCUGGUGUCGCGCUCCUGGUACAACGGAGGGUAUCGCCAUGGUGGAAACCAUCAUGGAGCAUGUCGCUCACGCGACUGGGCUUGAUCCUCUUGACGUGCGUAUGGCCAACAUGCCGAAGGAUUUGAAGAUGUAUGAGCUGAUGCCUCAAUUCCGGGCCGAUGUCGAGUAUGAUACGCGCAAGAAGGAAAUCGAGCAGUUUAAUCGUGAGAACCGCUGGAAGAAGCGCGGCAUUGCCAUCACACCGAUGCGCUACCCAUUAGGCUACUUCGGAACGAUCCACGCGCUUGUGUCGAUCUACCACACGGACGGUACCGUAGUCAUCACACACGGUGGCAUCGAAAUGGGUCAGGGUAUGAAUACGAAGGUCGCCCAGGUCGCGGCCUACGUGUUGGGGAUCCCGAUGGAAAAGAUUAGCAUUAAACCAUCGGCCAACAUGACGUCGCCGAACUCUAUCUGUACCGGCGGAAGUAUGACCAGCGAGACAGUGUCGUUUGCCGUGAAGAAGGCGUGUGAGAUUUUGCUGGAGCGCAUGAAACCGGUCCGCGAAGAGAUGAAGGACGCUUCUUGGGAAACGAUCGUGGAGAACAGCUACUACAAGAAUGUGGACCUUUGUGCGACAUACAUGUACAAGGCGGCGGAUCUGCAACCCUACAUCAUCUGGGGUUUGACCUGCACAGAGGUAGAAAUCGAUGUGCUGACCGGCAACGUACAGCUGCGCCGUGUUGAUAUCCUGGAGGAUACCGGUGAAAGCUUGAGCCCCGGUAUUGAUAUUGGUCAGGUUGAGGGCGCAUUCAUUAUGGGCGUUGGUUACUAUUUGACCGAGGCGCUGAUCUACGAUCCACAAACGGGUGCAUUGAUGACGAACCGUACCUGGACGUACAAACCGCCGGGAGCGAAAGACAUUCCGAUUGAUUUCCGGGUGCGCUUCCUGCAAAAGAGCUCCAAUGCGACUGGAGUCCUACGCUCCAAGGCAACUGGUGAACCGGCCAUGAACAUGACCGUGUCGGUACUGUGCGCCCUGCGUAAUGCAGUCCGAGCAGCACGUACCGAUGCGGGUUUGCCGAACGAAUGGGUUCAGCUCGGGGCUCCAUCUACACCGGAUCAGGUAUAUCUGGCGUCGGGCAACUCUGUAGAACAUUGCGACUUUAGUCUCUCGUUAACUCGCGAUUCGCGCGUACGCGGUAAGAUCGUGCCCGCUGGUGUACAACCUGGUAAACAGUUUGCAACCAUUUGUGUAACAUCGCAACGCGCCGUCGACAAAACAAUCAUGCAAAUAGUGUUCACCAUCAAUGGGAAGGUGCAUAAAGCGAACAGCGCAACCGUCCCGAUCGAUACCUCGCUCGGAACUUAUCUGCGCUACCAUGCACAGCUUAAAGGUACCAAAUUCAUGUGUCGCGAGGGCGGCUGUGGUGCAUGCAUCGUCAACGUUAGCAGCCAGCAUCCCGUUACGAAGGAUAUCAUAUCACGUGCGGUGAACUCGUGUCUAUUUCCACUGUUCUCCUGCAAUGGAUUGGAUAUCGUUACGAUCGAGGGCAUCGGCAACAAGCUGGACGGGUAUCAUGCUGCCCAAAAACGUCUGGCACACUUCAACGGGACCCAGUGUGGAUUCUGUUCACCCGGCAUGGUCAUGAACAUGUACAGCUUGCUGGAAGCGAAGAAGGGAAAGAUUACAAUGGAGGAGGUUGAGAAUUCGUUCGGUGGCAAUAUCUGUCGCUGUACCGGCUAUCGACCGAUACUAGAUGCAUUCAAAUCGCUAGCGGUUGACGCAGAUCCGAAACUGCUGGAUCUGUGUCAGGAUAUAGAGGACGUUCCCAGGAUUUGCCCAAAAAGUCAAAACGGAAAACCCUGCAUCGGCAAGUGCUCGAUGGCUGCCCAGUGUGAGGAAGCGAACGAUAUCCACUUGCUGUUUUCGGAGGGCCGAGAGUGGUAUAAGGUAGAGAACGUGCAGGCAAUCUUUCGGAUUUUUGAUAACAUAGAAUCACGUCCGUAUAUGCUGGUUGCUGGCAACACUGCCACGGGUGUAUAUCGACGACCAGACAACCUGGAUGUAUUCAUCGACAUCACCUCGGUGGCAGAUCUACGAGUCAACUACUUCAACGAUGCGUUGAUCAUCGGAGCCAACGUUACACUGACCGAACUGAUGGCCAUCCUGGAUGAGGCAACCGCUACAAACGGGUAUGAGUACUGUCGCGAAAUGGUUAAACAUCUCGAUCUGAUCGCUAACGUACCAGUACGCAACGCGGGUACCAUCGCUGGCAAUCUAAGCAUUAAGCACCAGUACCGCGAUUUCCCUUCCGAUGUGUAUCUACUACUCGAAGGUGUUGGCGCACGUUUAACAAUUGCCACUUCAACAACCUCUACGAAAGUCGUCACGGUCGAGGAAUAUCUGUCGAUGAAUAUGAGCAAGCGCAUCAUACUGAACAUUUUACUUUAUCCGCUCGAUCCCAAGCAAUAUUCUUUACGCACCUACAAAGUGAUGCCACGAGCACAAAAUGCACACGCGUACGUUAAUGCAGUGUUUCUGCUGCAGUUCCAAGAUACCGGUCUGUUGCGUACUGCUUCCAUCUGCUACGGCGGCAUCAAUCCGGGCUUUACCCAUGCUAUUCAGGUUGAGAGUUUUCUCGUCGGUAAAGCUAUCUUCCAAGAUACCGUAUUGAGAGAGACAUUAGAGUUGCUCAACAAUACGAUAUCACCGAACCAUGUACUACCGGACGCAACUCCAGAAUAUCGGAAGCAUCUUGCAAUGACGCUUUUCUACCGAGCGAUACUAAGCAUCGCCGAAGAUCGUGGCGUUCAACUGAACGCACUGUACUCGAGUGGUUCGCAGCUAUCUAAACGCAUGCUUUCAAGAGGUGAACAAACGUAUGACACCAUACAAGAGAACUGGCCAGUAACGAAACAUAUGCCCAAAGUGGAAGGACUGUCCCAAACAGCCGGAGAAGUAGACUACACCGAUGACAUUCCGAACCUUCCCGGGCAGCUGUUCGGUGCUUUCGUACUAGCCACAAAACCACGCACCAAUAUUCUGCGCAUAGACCCAACGGAAGCACUCGCACGCACAGGAGUGGUUGCGUUCUAUUCAGCGCAGGACAUACCCGGCACCAACAACUUUAUGCCGGUGGAGCUGGACAAUAAGGAAGUGGAGGAAAUAUUCUGCAGCGAUCGUGUACUGUACCACGGUCAGCCGGUAGGCAUUAUUCUCGCCGAAACAUACGACGAAGCGUACCGAGCAGCAAAACUGGUGAAAGUUGAGUACGGUCCACCGGAUGGUCAACCCAUUCUGCCCACAGUCAAAGACGUCAUCAAGGCUGGUCGCACCGAGCGCAUACAUCUUAGCGAUGAGGUGCAGGUUGGCGAACGAUACGAUGCCGGUAGAGGAUCAAUCCGACUGGAGGGCAGUUUUGAUCUGCCAAGUCAGUUCCAUCUCUCCAUGGAAUCGCAACAGUGCGUGUGCGUACCGAUCGAUGAUGGUAUGGACGUGUACAGCGCGACACAGUGGGUCGACAUCUGCCAGAUCGCGAUCGCCCGUGCCUUGCUGGUCCCGGAAAACAGUCUCAACUUCCGCAUUCGACGCUUGGGUGGUGCGUUUGGAUCGAAAAUUUCACGAGCAUCACAGGUCGCCUGUGCCUGCGCCAUUGCGGCACAUUUCUCGCAACGGCCAGUACGAUUGAUCAUGUCACUGGAAGAUAAUAUGGCUGCGAUCGGGAAGCGUUCCGCAUGCGUCAGUCGCUACGAGAUGGAGGUUAACGAACGCGGUCAAGUGCAACGAUUGCUCAACAAAUUCUAUCAGGAUGCUGGCUGUAGCCUGAACGACCCAGUAGAGAAAGUCACAUUCAUGUUUUAUCGCAAUUGUUACGACACGAACUGCUGGAAGGUAGUGGGACACAGUGUACUGACGGAAUCGCCCGGCACUACGUACUGCCGAGGCCCGGGGACAAACGAGGGAAUCAGUAUGGCGGAAAACAUGAUGGAGCAUAUUGCGCAUCGACUUGGACUAGACCCUCUGACCGUACGCAUGGAAAACCUCCCCGAAGAUAGUAUGAUGCGAGAGUUACUGCCAAUGUUUGUAGAGGACGUGCAGUACAAAGCACGUCGAAUUGCGAUUUCACAAUUUAACGCAACCAACCGUUGGAUCAAGCGAGGUAUUGCAAUCGUACCGAUGAGAUAUCCGCAGUACUUUAUGGGUUCGCUACACGCACUGGUUUCGAUCUACCAUGCAGAUGGAACCGUAGCCAUUACAACAGGUGGUAUCGAUAUGGGGCAGGGUGUAAAUACCAAAGUUACACAGGUUGCCGCCCGUGCCUUGGGCAUCCCGACGAGUAUGAUACGGGUAAAAGCCAUGGCCAACAUUACCUCACCGAACGCAAUCGUCUCCGGAGGCAGUAUGACAAGCGAUUCAGCUUGCUACGCCGUACUGAAGGCUUGCGAGAUCUUACGCAACCGUAUCGAUCCUGUCCGAGAGAAGCAUCCCGAUGACACGUGGGAAGCCAUCACGCAACGAUGUCACCAGCAGCAUGUCGAUCUCUGUGCACUCUAUCAGUAUAAGACGACCGAAGUGCAGCACUACGUCGUGUGGGGAUUAGCGUGUUCUGAGCUCGAGGUUGAUAUUCUAACCGGUAACGUCCAGAUUCGUCGUGUCGACAUACUGGAAGACGUUGGCGAGAGCAUCAGUCCUGGUAUCGAUAUCGGCCAGAUCGAGGGUGCGUUUGGGAUGGGCAUUGGACUGUACUUUACGGAGCAACUGGUCUACAAUGGAGAGUCCGGAGAGCUACUAACGAAUCGCUCCUGGAACUACAAACCACCCGGUGCAAAGGACAUUCCGGUAGACUUUCGUGUCAAGUUUCUACAGCGAACACACAAUGAAAAGUUUGUUUUGCGUUCCAAAACAACCGGUGAACCAGCGCUCAAUCUGACCGUUUCGUUGCUGUUUGCCCUUCGCAUGGCAUUGAAUUCGGCACGCAAGCAGGCGGGUCUUUCCGACGAAUGGUAUCCGAUCGACAUACCAGCGACACCCGAACAUAUAUGUCUGCUCGCAGGAAGCACCAUCGACCAAUUUAAAUUAAUAUAA